CUUAUCAUUCUUCCCUUAGCCGGAACCGUGCUGGUUCAGCUAGCCGGUUUAACGUUGGAUACGCUUUCCGAGCUUUGGUCUAACCAGGCGGUUCAACUCGACGGGGCGACGAGACUGGCCUGCUUGGUUUUCCUCUGUUUCGUUUUGACCCUCUACGUGGCUAACCGGUCUAAACCGAUUUAUCUAGUUGACUUCUCCUGCUACAAACCGGAAGAGGAGCGGAAAAUAUCUGUGGAUUCGUUCUUGACGAUGACGGAGGAAAAUGGAUCGUUCACAGAAGACACGGUUGAGUUCCAGCAAAGAAUCUCGAGCCGGGCCGGUUUAGGAGACGAGACUUAUCUGCCACGUGGCAUUACCUCAAAACCGCCGAAGCUGAAUAUGUCUGAGGCACGUGCCGAAGCUGAAGCCGUUAUGUUCGGAGUCUUAGAUUCCCUCUUCGAGAAAACCGGAAUUAAACCGGCUGAAGUCGGAAUCUUGAUUGUAAACUGCAGCUUAUUCAAUCCGACACCGUCUCUAUCGGCCAUGAUCGUGAACCAUUACAAGAUGAGAGAAGACAUCAAAAGCUACAACCUCGGAGGGAUGGGUUGCUCAGCCGGAUUAAUCUCAAUCGAUCUUGCCAACAAUCUACUCAAAGCAAACCCUAAUUCCUACGCUGUCGUGGUGAGCACGGAAAACAUAACCCUAAAUUGGUACUUUGGAAAUGACCGGUCUAUGCUUCUCUGCAAUUGCAUCUUCCGGAUGGGCGGAGCCGCGAUUCUCCUCUCUAACCGCCGACAAGACCGGAAGAAGUCAAAGUACUCGCUGGUCAACGUCGUUCGAACACAUAAAGGAUCAGACGACAAGAACUACAAUUGCGUGUACCAGAAGGAAGACGAGAGAGGAACAAUCGGUGUCUCUUUAGCUCGAGAGCUCAUGUCUGUCGCGGGAGACGCUCUAAAGACAAACAUCACAACUUUAGGACCGAUGGUU